CCCUCGUUUUCAAAAUAAACACGAUAAAUAUCGAUAUUGCUGACAACAAACAUUAUCACUGCAAAACAUAAAUUUAUUCUAAUAACGUUAAUCAUUACAACUCGUUUCCCUUCUAUUUCCUUGCAAUCAUGUCGUUUGUUUGUCGGGUUUGCCGAAUGGAGAUUUUCACACACCCAUUUUCUUUGACCGACAGUUCGCUAAGGCAUGUGAAAACGAUAGACGAGAUGAUUUAUGAGUGUACUCAUAUAAAGCUUACCAAAGAUAGUCAUUGGCCUCAAUUUAUAUGCGAAUCCUGCCUACUGCGCCUGGAGGAUUCAUAUGCAUUCUUACUGCUUUGUCGUGAGUCCCAACAAUUCUACAUGAACACCCUCCAAGCUGAAGGGCCACUUGAAUUACCUGAUGAACUCCCUGCCACUUUAGAUAAUAAGCUCGAAAAUAUUGACAGUAAUCUUAUUUCUGUAAAACUUGAAGUGGAUCCCGAGGAAAUACUAAACUCAAGCGACUACACCGACGGAACAUUUCCUGCACUUAAUAUGUUACCUACAAUAAGCUCAAGGACUGGUGAUCCAAAAGCUGAAAGAAACUGGAUGGUAGAGGCACGUAAACAUCGAGAACGACAACGUAUUUCGACUGCUAGGCGUCGAGCUAGAAUGUCCCCCCAGGAACGGGAAAAAGAACGGGAAAGGGCACGCCUUAAGCAGGCCCAAAGACGGGCUAGUCGGUCCGAGGAUCAGAUUCGAAAGCAACGGGAAAGGGAUCGGCUACGUCAGGCCAUGAAACGGGCCAAGUUUCGAGAGGUUGAGAUGAUCCAACAACAGCAACCUGAUAAACUUGGGUCGGAAAUAAACCAUUGUGGCUAACUGAAACAAUGUGUGUUGAUAUGGUUCUGUAACAUGUACAUGAAUCCCAUGAAUCUCAAAGCGAUGGUGUAUUGGAUUAGAAUGUUUACUUGAACAUCCUGAAGGAAAAUAUGAAGCAAAAUGAGAUUGUAUAAAGGAUUCAAGUUUUACCAAGACAAUGCCCCAAAGCACAAUGCACAUAAAGUUCGCACAUAGUUACAUUACAAUUGCUCAAAAGUUAUUGAUAUUCCUCCGAAAUCUCCCGACAUCAAUCCCAGGAAAAAAGCUAUGAAAGUUAUAUGAGUAGGAAAUUUAGAAACCAUAAAAUUUCUAAAACUAACGAUUUUUAAAACCAAUUGAUGAACGAAUAGAUGAAUAUUCCUGCCGAAUACAUAAAAAAAAACUCGUAGAAAAAGGCUA